GACAGAUGGGCUGCGGUUGCAGACGGCCGGCAGCUCGACAGGGGGCGCUGGGCGGAGAGAGGGACCAGCCCCAGCGACCUGCAGGAAAUCCCCAUGCUGAAGGAGGCGGAGGCGGAGGUGGCCCGCGGCAACGUGGUUCUCAACCGGGCGGAGGUCGAGGUGCUCCGCCUCCUCGCGCUGAAGCUGGCGCGGCGGGCCCUGCGCGCGCCAGAGAUCGCCGAGGGCGUCCCGGCGGCGAGCCCGGCCAGGCUGCUGGCGGUGGCUUGCUGCGCGGCCGAUCUGCGGGCGGAGGUGCGGCUGCACUGGCACGGCCUGCUGGGCCUGGUCAGGGCCAUGCAGAGCCUCGAUGGGGGCUGCAUGAUCAAGGAGAGUGGAAGGCCUUCUGCGACGCUGCGGUCCCCAGGAGCAUGGGGGGCGACCCCGCCAAGAUGAGUACCUCCAUCCUCGUGCAAUUCGUAUGCCGCUGCUUGUUGCAGAGACCACAGAAUUUCGGGUGGAUCACUUUCAAGACGCCGACUCCUUUCGCGCAGGCAGUCGUCGAAGUCGCACGCGAGCGAGCUGAGUCUCGUGUGCAAGCGUGGGACCAGUCUGGCAGCAGGUGGAGCGGAGAGGACAGGUGGUCGCACAGCGAGGCACCCGCUCCGGGCCAGCCUGCCGACCCAUGGGGCACCUGGGUUGCCCAAAAAGGUUCCGGCGGGGGCACGUGGCCACACAGCGAGGCGCCCGCUGGAAACGGUGACUGGCCAGCUUGGUCGCAGGAGAGCCGCGUGGGCCACCCCGGCGACGCGAAUGCCGAGCUGGAGGAGGCCAACGGGGACGGGUGGUCGCGCGGCCCCGCCAGUGCUGACGAUCCCUGGGCGCGCGCAGGCGAGACCCGCGCGAGCCAGCCCUGCAGCCCGUGGGGUGACAUGGCUUCCCAGGAGGGGACCGGCGAGGCAGCCGCUGCGUACGACUGGUGGACGGGGCGGCCGGAGGACAGCCGCGCGGCGGCUGCCGAGCCCGAGAGCAGCGGCGAGGGCAAGAGGCUGCAGGGCUCCACGUGGGCCGACGAGUGGCGGGCGGCGCGCCGGGAGGAGUGCCGUGCGGGCCGCUCGUGCGAGGCGCGGGGCGAGCCGGCCCCCGAGCAGGACCCGGAGGACUGGGGGCAGGGCCGGUCGACGACGGCGCAGGCGCUGGAGAAGGCCUCCGCGCUGCUGGCGUACAUGGCCCGCGACACGGGGGGCGGAGUGGAGGACAGCAUGGCCGCCGCGGCCCAGCACGUCGGCCGCGCGGUGCAGGUGCUGUCGGCCGCCCUCAGCCGAGACAACCCCUGGAAGCCCGCGCCCGCGUAG